UUUACAGGCUUCUAAAGAUGAAAGUGACAGUAUACAUUAAUGUUUUGAUCUUGCUUGGUGGAAUAAAGACAGUAGUUCUAGGAGCUGAUGACUUUACUGUUGAAGUAAGUGAAACUUGCUACAAUGAUAAUGAUGCUGUUCAACUUGUUGUACAGUAUACAGGAAGUGGAAGUCCAACUGCCCUGCGGUGGAAAUUUAGUAAAAUGACAGAUGCUACAGCAACAUUAGAUAUAUCAAUUACUUUUUGUCUUGCUUCCGCGGGUGCAGAUCCAGCAUUUCCAGAAGCCAGAAUGAGCUAUAGUUGUGAUGCUGCUAAUAAGCAGUAUAAUGUCACGAUAAGCAGUUUUGAUGAACUUACUGAUGCAGGAUUAUGGGAAGCAGCUCUAUCAGUGAGUGGUUCAUAUUCUGACUUCAAGAAUGUCACUGUGACAAAAUGCACACGUGAGUAUUGUCCAUUUAUUUAA